AUGGCGGCUAAAGGAAAUAAUGUUUCGGCUGCUUCCCCUACUGUUUCAACAUCAAAAAAGCAGCAAAAGUCUCGUCAAUGGACAGAAACAGAACUUAAAUACUUUGCCCUUGUGCUUGUGGACGAAAAGAACGAAUUUGCAUACAGACUUGAUACGCUUGCCCUUAAGAAAACGGCUAGUAAAAUUGUAUUCGAAGAGAUUUCAACUGAAUUAGAAGAAAUCAUGUUGGGAGAAGAUUUCAAAGACGAAAGUCUGCGCGAACAUUGUUCGUCUAAGUCAAGAAAUGAGUUAUUACCCCUAAAUAUUGAUGCAGAAAAAUUAAGGAUCAAGUUCAAAUGGAUGAAGGAUCAAUGGCGAAAGUAUACAGACCGCAUCAAGAAAGGAAGUGGUAAGUCUCCAAUCCAAGAACCAGAGUGGUACACAAUCAUUAAUGCUGUGUUUUCAGACACUCAUGGUAACUUGGAAAUUGCUUCAAAAGCACGCGAUGUUCUGUCUGAUGACUCAGAAUCUGACGUCUCAAACAGUGAGGAUACAGAGUUGGUAGAUAUUGAAGAGGGGUGGGAGGCCGAUCACUCCGAUGUAUCAAAUAAUUCAAAUUUACCAAAAGGCAGUGACAGUGGAACCGAAUGUGAUACGAAAAAGAAGCUGUUGAAAAAAGGAUUGGAAGCAAAACCAUUGCCUCGAAGGAAACGAAUCAGAACUCAGGGCCAGGCCAUCAAUGAAAUUACGAAGAGUUUUAAAACUAUGGGUGAGUCACAACAACGCCGUUCUGAAAUUAUGAUGCAAGCAGAAAAUGAAAGGCAUACAGAAUUUAUUGCAUUUCAGAGAGAACAAGCCGAAUUGAACAGGCAGCAUGAGCUAAAAAUGCUUGAAGUAAUCAUGAAACAUUCAAAUCGGCCAUCCCAGCAACAACCACCCCACCAACAACAACCACCCCGACAAUCGCCACUAUAUAUUCAACUUCAAGUACAACCUACCCAGCUUUGUAGUUCUGUACCUUACAGCCAGAAUGCAAUUCAGAACAUGCAGGCAAGUGAAAGACAAGAUGAUAUUUUAAACUUAGACAGCCAAAAUAAUCAGCCAUCUAUGAGAUGGUUUUAG